AUGGAACCAAAGCGGAUCAGGGAGGGCUACCUGGUGAAGAAGGGAAGUGUGUUUAACACCUGGAAACCUAUGUGGGUUGUGCUGUUAGAAGAUGGAAUUGAGUUUUAUAAGAAGAAAAGCGACAACAGCCCCAAGGGAAUGAUUCCCCUGAAAGGGAGCACUCUCACAAGUCCCUGUCAGGACUUUGGUAAAAGGAUGUUUGUGUUGAAGAUCACUACAACCAAACAGCAGGACCACUUCUUCCAGGCAGCCUUCCUAGAGGAGAGAGAUGCUUGGGUCCGGGACAUCAAGAAAGCCAUUAAAUGUAUUGAAGGAGGCCAGAAGUUUGCAAGAAAAUCCACAAGGCGGUCCAUUCGUCUGCCAGAAACCAUUGACUUGGGGGCUUUGUAUCUGUCCAUGAAAGACCCUGAAAAAGGAAUAAAGGAGCUGAAUCUGGAGAAGGACAAGAAGGUUUUUAAUCACUGCUUCACAGGUAGCAGUGUCAUAGACUGGCUGGUUUCUAAUAAGUCAGUUCGGAAUCGCCAGGAAGGUCUUAUGAUCUCUGCAUCACUGCUCAGCGAAGGGUACCUGCAGCCUGCUGGGGAUCUGUCUAAGAAUGCAGCAGAUGGGAUAGCUGAAAACCUUUUUCUGGACAACCCUGAUGCUUUCUACUUCUUUCCGGACAGUGGGUUCUUCUGUGAAGAUAAUUCCAGUGAUGAGGAUGUAAUCCUGAAAGAAGAAUUCAGAGGGGUUAUCAUCAAGCAGGGAUGUUUACUGAAGCAGGGGCACAGGAGGAAAAACUGGAAAGUGAGAAAGUUCAUUCUAAGAGAAGACCCGGCCUACCUGCAUUACUAUGACCCUGCUGGGGGUGAAGAUCCCCUGGGAGCCAUUCACUUGAGAGGCUGUGUGGUGACAUCAGUGGAGAGCAAUCACGAUGGCAAGAAGAGCGAUGAUGAGAACCUUUUUGAGAUUAUCACAGCUGAUGAAGUUCACUACUACCUGCAAGCAGCCGCUCCCAAGGAGCGUACUGAAUGGAUCAAAGCUAUCCAAGUGGCCUCACGGACUGGGAAGUAA